AUGCGUCACCUAAUUAUCGCGUUUGGUCGGAAGCUAGACGAGGCGCGAGGUAGAGGCACUGAGAGUGGCAUCUACUUUCUUACGGAAGACGAGACAGAGGAGGCGCUAGACGACGAGCAUAGCGAAUACCGCGAGCUACAGGCAGGCUAUAGCCCAAACACGGCUAUUGCUGUGUACGGGCUAACAGUAGCAUCCGUAUUUCGGAUGCGGUACGCUGCGCCCCAGGCGCACCUUAGGGUCUCAAUACGUUGGCAUGGCGAUCUCGGAUAUAGCAGUAUAAGAGCCGCAAGGUCAGACUCAAAAGCGCUUUCUUCGAACGCUGUUUCGCGCAUGAGAGAGCGGGAGGCUAAGCGAGGCAGGGUAGACGUGAACGCGCUUCUCCAGACGAAUCUUGGACAGAAAACCAUGUUUCGCGGGCGGCAACAAGAAGUCGUGAAUGCUAUCCUUGCAUGCACGCCCGUGGUGUCUUACAUUGCAGGUACGGGCUCUGGCAAGAGUCUAGCUUUUCUCCUUCCAGCGUGUUGUAAGGGUUAUGGCCAGGCCAUUGUCAUUACCCCACUCGUAGCGCUGCGGGAGGAUAUCCAGGAGCAUUGUCAGAACCUUUACAUCUCUUGUAGCGUAUGGGGCGACACCCUCUUUAACGAGACGUCUCGCCUAAUUCUAGCUAUGCCCGAGCACCUCCGCGAUAGCCGCUUUCUCGAUACUAUUUUACGGCUACGGGAUGUAGGGCAGUUAGAGCGGAUUGUGGUGGAUGAGUUUCACUACGUCUUGCUUCCCGACCACGAGUACCGCCCAGCACUCCUGCAAAUUCGCGAGCUAGCACGCUACCAAGUACCCCUUACCCUUCUUUCGGCUACGAUUCCUUUUGCCGAAGAGCAACAGGCGUAUCAACUCUUUGGUGUCGACGGGCAAGUUACCGUCUUUCGUCAAAGUACGUCGCGCUCGAAUCUUGUCUACGAGGUGCACACGUACGAAGGCCAGAUGCAGGAAGAAGAGAGGCGUAAGAACCAGCGCGGCUUUCUCGCUUCCAAGUCAGGUAUCAUGGUCGCGACGACGGCCUUCAAUGCGGGGGUGAACGUGCCAGACAUCCGAGGCGUCAUUCGGUUGGGAGAGCCAGAUCACCCCAUCACCUGGAGCCAGGAAGCUGGCCGGGGAGGACGAGAUGGAAAGCGGUGCGUCGUGCGGAUUCUUCUAGGCGAUAAACUAAAGUCCUUCUUCCAUAAAUUGGGCCGUCCCGAACAAGACGUACUAAACGCCAUUAUGUUGCGAAGCGUGGAGGCUAAGCAAACAUGCAUGCGUAUCGCCAUCGACGCCUAUCUUGACGGGCCUACUUCUCGUCAAGGCUGCCACCAAGACGAGGAGCCCUGUCAAGUUUGCGCGGCGCGUGCGGAAGCUCGUCAGGCGACUACGUCAACUAAGGGAAAGGCGCCUCUCCGUCCCGAACCUCAGUCCACCCCUGUGCGGACGGAGCCACCGAUCCUGAUGAGUCGCAGCCCGCACUCCAAUCCGCGGGCCCAAGGAAGCGGCAAAAUCCUGUCUUCUUCUCCCGCCGUGUAUGAGUUGUCGUCCCCGCCCGUGUGGCAGCCCCAGACGCUGAAGACGAGUGCGGUGGAGCGUGUAGACGAAGAAGACGGAGCGUGGGCUGUGCUUCGAGCCGCCUUGGAACGUCGCGGUAGCCCUAUGAAACGCCACAGAGAUCAGGUAUCCAUUUCGGAAAUCUCUCCAACCCCAAGUUCGAGUAGUGCACAGCGAGCCGCCAAAACAGCACGGACCGAACGCACCCUAGAGUACAUAAGUGGGAAAGCCGCUCGUGCCGGGCAAGAGAGUGUUAUGUUGGCGUCCGAACUCCAACAGACGGGGGCAUAUUGGAGAGAGCAUUGCGUAUCCUGUUUUGUGGCUCAGCAAGCCUUCGACCACCCUAAGGAUACGGCUGAAGGAUGUGAGUAUACGUCGCCUCUCGUCAAGCACUUCCGUUUCGAGAAGAUGAAGAAACGCAUGGGCAGCGGCUUCUGCUUUAGUUGUCUCUUUCCCCAGAGCCAAUGUGGGAGAUGGAUCGACGGUAAUGGUUUGAUUCGAAACUAUCCAGACUCUCGUGAACCGUGUACCUACCCGCACGUGAUUGCGGAUGCAUGGGCGGUGUUAUGGGCGGCCUGUCCAGGAAUGAGGAAGAGAUGGGUAGAGCGGAUCUUGGCUAGCGAUGCGAACUGUAAUCUGGACAAUAACGAAGAUUUUGCCAACUAUUUCCGAGGCGGCCAGUACACACGCAAAGCCGCAGCAUCACGCUUCUUAAGGGCUCCACGGCCAACGCUCGAGAUGAGCAAUACAGCCGCGGCGCCAGAGCCCACCACGCAGAAGGCGCCGUCCACCGAGGAAAAUGACGGUGACACGCCCAUGAUUGACCGUCCCGAUGCCGACAUCACCCAGCCUACCGACGACGUGCCGAUAACAAGCGCAACCGACGAUGCAUUGGCCGAGGCGAUUGCAUUGGUGGAUGUUGGCGGUGCAUCAGCGACGCCACAGGAAGAGCCACACAAGGAAGGGCCAGAAGCGGCCAAGGCAGGUAUACAGCCCUCAAAAAGUCAGAAACGCCGACGCGAGAAGACACCCGAUUCGAACGAAGAGAGCGACGAUGAGGCCCCAGUGGACAUGGAAGAGUUCUCCCUGGAGUUGGACACAGCCCUACAACAUGUGGAAGGUCUCCGCGAUGAGGAUUUAACCCACGACGCCGCUGGCUGCGAGGGCGAAUCUCUGUUCACGGCCAACAUCGAGAACUCCACCCUCGGCGAUGUAAAAUUCGGCGACUGGAUCGGUAACCGACGAAAAUUCGUUACCCAAGUGCUCAAGUUACCUUACAACGCAUUUCAAGAUCUCAUUCUGGAAAACCAGCGCAUCGAGCACGCCAACAAGCUGCUGUUGGAGCAUGUCGCGAUGGGUGUUCGGUCCUGCAGUCUGUCUGCGGUGAGGAGCAUCAUGGCGAAGCAUGACACCGGUGUGCUCGUCACGGAGCCCGAGGAGCAUAUGAAGAACUGGGCGCCGGAGCUGCACUGGGCACGGUUCCUCUGUGCUCUCAAGCUGGUCUUCGUCACUCCUGACAACAGCGUUUUCGACCAGGCCAAGAUCAAGGGCGAUACUACCACGGACGCGUGCCUGUGGAUCAUCUCCAAGAUCAUCGCCAGCGAGUUGAAACCGAAGAGGCUGGCCGAGAUCAAGAUGCAGAAAGAUGCAGAGAAACGCAAGGCAACAGAGCGCCAUAUUAUACAAACGAUGCAACAGAGGCUCGAAAACGCAACGUACAAGGUCGACGCAGAGGCUGCCAAGCAGGCUGCCUUACGAAGCAUCAAGGCCCUCAACCGCGACCACACCAGACAGACUCGACGCACCAAGGCCGCCAAGACUGUGCACAGCGUCAUCACGGUAAGCGACGAGGAAGACGACCUCGCCCUCGAAGACGAACUGGACGAAGCUCCCGCCACUACCCCGGCGAACCCCAGCGAGCUGACCGAUGAAGAGAUCGUUGCAUCCUACGUGGCGGAGAUGGAGAAGGUGCAGGCCAAGCAGGCCCGCGACCCAGCCUACCGAGCCCGCAUUGCGCGCGCUGCACGCAACCUUAAAGAUCUUGUCCGUGACCUGAAAGCCCGCCCUCUGGUGCACAACGCCUACGUCCGAGACAUGGCUAUUCUUCAUCGAGUUGCACUUUACCACCUAGAACAGAUCCGCACUGUCCCUAAGUGCAACAAGAGGAAAAAUCCGAUUCUCAAGGCUCUGAAGGCAAUGCAUGCUUUGAGCAAGCAAACCGCCAUGCUGAUAAGCCGAGAAGUCGAGCAAGAGGGCAUUGCGGGCAACGACAUCCUGAACACCAUGGCACGCGAGGAGGCAACCGGCAUCCGGCAGCGAGCUACCGGUACGACACCAACCAAAGGUGAGGAACUGCCGGACAUGGUCGAGAUCCCCAAGGAAGAACAACCAGACCCGAGCGCCGAUUUAUUUCAAAAUGCACGGAUCAGCAAGAAGUUCAAUCCAGAUUACCUGAGGGAAGCGUGCAUCGAAGCAAGCAUCAUCAAUAUUUACGAGAAGUUGAUACCGGACACCAAUGUUGCCUUGCGCUGGUGGCAGAUCAUCGCCACUAAGUGGGCCACAGAUCUCUCCCAGGGGGUGAUUUCUUCGACCGCCAUGCAAAAGUUGAACCGAGUGCUCCCUCCCGUCACGCGUCCGCAGUGCCCCGAGCGCCCUGGCGAAAAGUGUCGACCUACGCUCUACAUCACCAAUUCGUCUCUCUGUCACCAAGCUGCCACAGACUUAAGCAAAUUUAGCAACAAGUUCCGCGUUGUUCACGUUGGUGGUAAUGUUGUUCUCGCACAUGGUUACCGGGUGGAGGCCACCUUCCCCGACGAUUCUAGUCCGGUAUGGGACGAGGAGAAUCCGGCUAACCUUCGCCGCGUGUACGUGGUCUCUUACAACUAUCUCGCUAAGUACUAUGGUCCUCAGGCAUACUGGCGUGCGGUAUCUCGCGACUGGGAGGCGUACUGCGACGACAAAGACAUUUCCUUCCAAGGUUUCGACACGCAUGCCCACCAAGAAAACCCCUUGAACCUGCCCGAGUUUCUUGAGGACGAAUCUCCUCCGCGCAUUUCUUCGCUCGCUGGCAAAUUUGGCUUCGUGUUCGCCGACGAAUGCCAGGAUGGCUUGCGUAACCAGUCGUCUUACUGGCGAACGGUACGAUGGUUGAGCGCUAAGUUUCUGUUCCUGAUGUCAGGAUACCCGGCUCCUCGCGGAAUGGAAGACUACGGCUCCUAUCUUGCAUUACUGGAACGUCCAUCGUUGCGCAAAGAGUAUAAGCAAUUUUGCCGCGAGAUGGUUCAGCUGCGCGCGCAUGAACGCCCAUGGGACCCGGAUGAAACCAACCCUUACCUCUUGCCUCCCGACAGCCCGUAUUUCAAGUUCACCUAUCUGGUCGAUGUCUGGAGGAAAUGGAUCACGCCCACGUCCAACGUCUCUUUUGAUCGACGCAUGCGGCAAGGCAAAAUGGCGCAACCUGUCUUGGAGACAUUUGUCCUCGGGCGCAACUUUGACUCUGCGCUCCCGGCCGGUUCCUCCAACACCAUUGGACAAUCGAUGCCGCCCAAACACCACUACACGGUCGAGCGUUGCUACACCCCUGAAGACUAUCGCAUCUAUACGACGCAAUUCGCCCGCUGGAAGUCCCGGCUCUACACCACCCACACGGCUCCCGGUCGGUCUACCAAGGUGCCCGCCACCAAUGCUCGAGCCACGCGCGCCAUCCAAAUCCUCGACUUUCUCCCCCUCCUCGGCUUCCUUCACCUUGAAAGGCCUGCAGAGAAGCGUCCAUCGAAGCAUGCCCUAGGUCCCGGAGAUGACCGCCUAGAUGAGAAGUAUAACCGAGACCGCGAGUCUUGGUUCUACGAAAAAAGCAAGCUGUACCAGACAUACGACCAACUCCCCCGCAUGAAGCCAGGCGGAAAAGGAGAGCGCAUUCGCUGGCUACUCUCCACAGCGGCGCACAUGAACUGCCCCGACCUGCCCAUGCCCGAGGAGAUCGAGGCUAUGGACAACCCCACGCUGGCAUGGACAGUCAUCAAGCGCAGUCCCAAGAUGCAAGCUAUCCUUGGCCUGUACAUGGACUGGGCUCUGCUGCGCGACGAGAAAGUCAUAUUUUGGUUCAUGACCCCAAUUGUCCAAGAGAUCGCCCAAACGGUCAUGGAACUACUUGGACACAGUGUCUUUAGCGUGUAUUCCUAUAACAACGCCACGGAGCGCGCUCAGGUUGCCGACGCGUGGAAUCGACCCAAGACUAAGAAGCGCGCAUUGUUCGCCUCUGCCUUGGUUUUCGGUACUGGCCACAAUCUGCAGAAGGACUCUCGUGUUGGUGUCAUGGUCGAUACUCCCGACACGCUCAACCGCGAACUCCAAAUCGCUGGUCGGCAAUAUCGCGGCGGCCAAAUGCUCGAAGUCCACUUUUUCCGCUUGAUCGUCCGUGGCUCCCAUUCAGUCAACCUGCUAUCGGACAAUCUCCUUGCUUCCUUGGCCUCCGCCACUUCUUUCAUCGACUACAAUCCCGAAGAGUCCUCUUCCCUCAUCCCCUCUGACGCCCCUACUGAGAUUGUGGACAUGGUCACUUCGAAUUUCCUAUCGGGUUAUUUCCGCGUUCCGGCCAAGGACUUUCCUGAGGACGCUGAACUCACGGACGCUGAUUUCCUCUACUACUUCAUCUUCUCUGAGGAAGGGCUGAACUACAUUAAAGAACACCGCAAGCAGAUCGGACACAACGACUGGUGGCCCGAAACCCUACACUGGACCCAGGCACUGGCGGGUAUCGCAGCUCGCACUAGCACCACUCGUCUGACCCGUUUGGCUGGAUUCCCCGAGGAGUGCACCGACGCCGUACUCCAGCUUACGGAAGAGGAAAUCGAAGCCCGCCGAGAGGCCCGCAUGGAAGAGAACGGCGGCGUGGAUCCUGACGACAAGUUCCUCCAUCCAAAGACUCCUAAGAAGCCUAAGGCGGACAAUAUGUCUCGUUUGACUGAUGGUGGCCCCGUUAGUCGCCAGAUCACUCUCCCCGGCGACGAAGGGUUCGACUCGUACCGUCUCCCUCAAGACACACUGCAGGAGCCAGAUUCGCCGUCGCUGCGCCCCAAAACCGUCCAGGAGUAUGAUGAAGAAGCCAGCCGCCGUCUUGUCGACCUUCUGCCCCAAGGUGAUGUCCGCGGCAAGAGGGCAAGGCGUAAGGACCGCCCCACCGGUGGUGCUGAAGAACAGGUCGACGAUAAGAUGGAUACUGUCUCUGAUUCCCAUCACGAGGAAGGUUCUGACGAUGACGGCUCUUCUGCUACGCCGGACUUGGGUGAGUAUCCUUCCAUGGAGGCAAUCAAGGAAGCCAUGACCAAGCAUCCCACCUGGAUCCCGCAGUACAAUGAUGUCGUCCAUUUGACCGCACAGGAAAAAGGGAAGCUUACCUCCGAGGUCAAGAAGACGCGCGCUCCUGAUUUCGCCGGCUACAAGGCGCCCAAGGGUCCCAAAACCAAGAAGGGAAAGGGUAAAGGGAUGUCCAAGGCAUAG